AUGUCGUCUCAAGAAACCAAACAAGACCAAAGAGAAGGAGCUGAGAUCUGCAAUGGCGCCGGAUCAAUCUGCAAGCAAAAAGCCGACGAGAUCUUGUCCACCAUGAACCUACCCAAAGGACUUCUUCCUCUAGACACCAUGACCGAGAUUGGUUACAACAAAACCACCGGUUACAUCUGGAUCAAGAUGAAGAACAAGGUUCAGCACAAGUUUAAAGCCAUCGGGAAAAACGUGUCGUACGAUUCUGAGGUCACUGCGUUCAUUGAGAACCGUCGGAUGCGUCGUGUCACUGGAAUCAAGAGCAAAGAGCUUCUGAUCUGGCUAACCAUCUCUGAGAUUUAUGUUAAUGAUGAAGACACGAAGAAAAUCACUUUUGCUGGUCCGACGGGAAUGUCACGUUCUUUUCCCGUCACAGCUUUCGAGGACGAGAAAUGA